CCCAAACCAUUGAAGAAGAAGUGAGGAGGACUCAGCCGACGCUUAGCAGUGCCUUUGCAGCAUCCCAGUCAUAUUCAGAGAGAGAGAGAGGCUGUGUCGGUUAGCUGUUGAUAUCCGCAGACAUUUCCUCCCAAACUGACUGCGGGGCACCGACAACAGGCACAGUAGCUCAAAAUAAACACCUCAGUCUGCCCACUGGGAUGCUUUUGUCCCGCCGUCUAUUGUCCCUCGAAGCAGGACGCUGGCUGAUAAGGAGCCAUGCAGCUCAGGACCAAUAAGAAAUGGGUUUGGAGUGGGGGGGAGAUGAGCUGUAAAUCACCAGCCUUGCCCUUGUCUCACCCUCGCUCUGUCUGGUCUCUAUUAGCAAAUAUAGCGGCUACACCACUUUCAAGAGACAAUACAUAUGAUGAUGGCUUAGUUUAACUUUAGUGCUGCGUGAUAAUGGAUGAAGUACAGCAGUAUUCACAUUAACAUACACACAGGUCAUCGUGUGGCUAUCCCUCAAGCUGUUCAUGAAGGAGAUUAUGAGAGGAGGUGUGUGACUGGAAUACCAACCCUCCCCGAAAUCCCACUAGGAUCUUCUCUUCCCUGUUGGAGUCCUUCUCCACCCCCAACAUCCAGCAGCCAUGGCAGAGGACGCGGACAUGCGCAAUGAGCUGUCAGACAUGCAGCAACGCGCCGACCAGCUGGCCGAUGAGUCUCUCGAGAGCACCCGUCGUAUGCUGCAGCUGGUGGAGGAGAGCAAAGAUGCUGGCAUCAGGACUUUGGUUAUGCUGGACGAGCAGGGAGAGCAACUCGAUCGUGUUGAAGAUGGCAUGAACCAUAUCAACCAAGACAUGAAGGAAGCCGAGAAAAAUUUAAAAGAUUUAGGGAAAUGCUGUGGGCUUUUCAAAUGUCCGUGUAACAAGAUGAAAGGUGGAGCCAGCAAGGCCUGGGGGAAAAACCAGGAUGGGGUGGUGGCCAGCCAGCCCGCCCGCGUGGUGGACGAGCGUGAACAGAUGGCCAUCAGUGGAGGCUUCAUCCGCAGGGUAACAGAAGAUGCCCGGGAAAAUGAGAUGGACGAGAACCUGGAGCAGGUGGGUGGCAUCAUCGGUAACCUGCGCCACAUGGCCCUGGACAUGGGCAACGAGAUCGACACCCAGAACCGCCAGAUCGACAGGAUCAUGGACAAGGCUGAUUCCAACAAGACCAGGAUUGACGAGGCUAACCAGCGCGCCACAAAGAUGCUGGGCAGUGGCUAAACACACCGAGCCCAGAGCGCGGUGGUCCCGGCGUCCCGCGCCACACAUCUACAGGCGCUGACAUGCUUUCAUCAUGGUAUUGACCUUCUAGGUUUGCACACAUGCACAUAUCACCUCCCCUUCCCAUUGUAAAUGUUGUUCUGUGUGUCGUCUGUCGAGCUUUUUCAAGAUGAUUGUCCUCGUAAAAAGAUGAUUUCUUAUACUCCGUAUAUCAUUCUUUCCAAAGGUUGUAUAUAGUGCUGACUUGAUGGCUCUCUAGCUCACCUGUGAAGUUUUUAUUCUCUUUAUCGAAAUAUAUAUAUCAUAUAUUAUUAUCUAUCAUAUAUAAUAUAGAUAUAUAUAUAUAUAUAUAUAUUAAAGUACACUGCUCUGGAUGAUAAGUAUAUAAUAGGAAUGCUAUACAAGAUGUUUGUUUCUAUUGUUUUUCCUUAUUAGUAUCUCAGUAUCGUCUUAGUAAAAUUGUGUCAUUCCAUUUAGGCUACUGACAUGCUCCUUAUUUUGGUGUUGUCACGUCAAAAAGGGAUAAGACAUAAGUUAAGAGACAAUACAGGUGAAUGGGAUUGCAAAGAGCACUUACAAUCAAAAGGCAGUCGUUGGUACAUUUUCCUUCAUCGCAAUCAUACUGAGUUACUGUUCUGACAAUGUGCAACUAGACUCUCUGUAGCUGUAUUAGACAUUGCAUUCCAAGUGAUGUGAAUUGUGCGUUCUCUGCAUGACAAAUGGUAGAUUUUAGUCUUAUAAAUAAAACCUGUCUGAAAAAUAUAUAUAAAAAAUGAUAACAUGGCAGUAGCAAAUUGACAAAACGCAUGCUCAGUAUUAGGACACAGUUGAUCCUUCCAUACUCCUGCAAGUUUGCAAUAUUGCUACUCUUUUUGUCUCGAUAUAUUUACCAACUGUGACCAUCUCGUUGUAAAAUAAUGCAAAAGGGAUCUAAAAAGUGAGUUAAAGAUGAAAACAUAUGAGGACUUGGGGUUGUAUUGCAAAAACAAUGACCUGUUUUCUAAAUGAUUAUGCAGUUCAGUGAUGAAGAUGUUGAUUAUGUGCUGAAAGAUGAGGACUGGUUGUGUACUGUAACAUAGGUUUUGGAUGCUCUGAAAGAAAAUAAACGUUUGCAAUGUAAAGCAAAGAGGCAUAUUUCUGAGAGACCUUACUUUUAUAAGAAGAAUGUAUCUGUAAGUUUAUUCUCCGCGUGUCGUUUGUUAAUGGUAAAAAUAAGGAUAAUAUUGAACAACAAUAACUAUACUCUGAAACAAAAAAAUACAUACAAAGGUUUUUUUUGUUGCUUCUGUACUUUAGAGCUAUGCACACCAAAUCGCCAAAAUGUCAAGUAGUUAGAGUAAGGUGAUUAAAUACCUAAUCCUGAAUGACACAAUAGGUUAGACCGUGAGAUUGAUGUCCUCAACGCAUGUAAUAUUAAAGACUCCCUCUCUGUAUCCUGUCAGUGUGUAAAGUGGUGGACAUUUUGUAGCUAGCUGCAUUGAUUAAAAGUAAUAAACCCUA